GCCCCAGGAUUGGAGCCAGCAGGCCUGGGACAAGUCAGCCGGGGCAAAUCAGCUGGGCCCACAGAGCAGGUUCUCGGGGCCUACAGGAAAGAAGAGGAGCCACUGAGCAAGAGAAAAGUGAUGGGACUCAGGACACAGGCGUAAGGGAGAUGCCUCUAGGAGAAGAAACUUUCCGUGUCCAGUUCAACAACGCGCACAAGGUCCCAAAGCCCUACCGCCGCAGGGUGACUUACCUGUGCUACCAGCUGCACGAGGCCAACGGACACCUGCUGACCAAAGGCUGCCUUCGGACCAAGAGGCUCCCAGUCACCUCGAGCUGGUGGCCAUCCUCCUGCCUCAGCCUCCUGGGUGCUGAGAUUACAGGCAUGCACCACCGGGCCCAGCUGGUUCAAACAUCUUUGGACAGCCCUCAGAAAGGUCACCACGCAGAAAGUCGCUUUAUUAAAAGGAUCUCUUCCAUGGACCUCGACCGAUCCCGGAGCUACCAGAUCACCUGUUUCCUCACAUGGAGCCCCUGCCCAUCCUGUGCCCAGGAACUGGCUUCAUUUAAAAGAGCUCACCCGCACCUGCGCUUCCAGAUCUUCGUCUCCCGCCUCUACUUUCACUGGAAGAGGAGCUACCAGGCGGGGCUGCACCAGCUGUGCACAUCCCAGGUCCCGAUCAUUGUCAUGGGCCAUCCAGAGUUUGCUUACUGCUGGCACAACUUUGUGGACCACCAGCCAGGGCCCUUUGAGCCCCCCUGGGACAAGCUGGAGUACUACAGCAACUGCAUAAAAAGGCGCCUCCAGAAGAUCCUGCGGUCCUGGGGUGCGGAUGACUUCACAGAUAACUUCAGGAACUUGCGGCUUGGACCCACCUCACCCCCAGUGGCAUGAAGGGACCCCAGACAGCCGCCCCAGCAACAUCACGCACAGCUGCCCCCCACAAGCCUGGCCUUUAUCCAUGUCCAAAAAACCUUUCUUACCUCCUUCAUUUAUUUUGUUUAUUUUUUAUAAGUAGGUGUGUAAUUUUAUAAUUUAAAAAAAAAAUAAAAAUAACUUUAAAGUCCACAAAACCUGGCUUACUUUCUAAGGGAGGAAUCAGAUCUUCUCAUAAAAUAUAU